AUAUAACUGUAACCGAAAUUCAUGUUGCAGGAAAGGAAACGAAAGCAAAACCAUAAUAUCUGUUUAUAGAAUUUCCUGUUGAAACUUGGGGUCUUUAUUUGAAGCAAAGGAAUACUCAGCCAACAUUGUUGGAGGAAGCCAGAGAGAGGGACAUCAACAUGAGCUACAGGUCACAGUAUCAGUGGGCUGAAGAUGACUUUCUGCCAGUAGGGGCAGUUCGGAUGACCCGACAACCAGAUAAUAAUAAAACAUAUGUCAUGUACCAUGGAACCACUAGUGCCAAUGCUCAGAAAAUCUUGGCCUCUGGCUUCCGUCAGUCGGCAGAUGGCAUGCUUGGUCGAGGUGUCUACCUCAGCAGAGAUCUGCAGAAAGCGAGCCGCUAUCCUAUUGAUCACCCUGAGAAUGACAGGGUCGUCAUUAGGGUUUCGGUCAACGUGGGAAAAGUGAUUGUCAUCAAUCGUCAAUACCACCCAAAUCAGAAGAAUUGGCAUGACUACGGAUACGACACUGCCUGGGUGCCACCCAACUGUGGAAUGGUGCCGAGCGGUUUGGAGGAGAAUUGUGUCUGGGAUCCCAAACGAAUCCAGAUCCAGAGUUUCAUUCAAACCAACCCCAACCUAUGGAUCUGGUGCACACGGCUACAUGUAAACUCAUUGAGCGGUUAUUGGGACAUCAACAUGAGCUACGGGUCACAGUAUCAGUGGGCUGAAGAUGACUUUCAGUCAGUAGGGGCAGUUCGGAUGGUUCAACAACCAGAUAAUAACAAAACAUAUGUCAUGUACCAUGGAACCACUAGUGCCAAUGCUCAGAAAAUCUUGGCCUCUGGCUUUCAACGGUCGGCAGAUGGCAUGCUUGGUCGAGGUGUCUACCUCAGCAGAGAUCUGCAGAAAGCGAGCCGCUAUCCUAUUGAUCACCCUGAGAAUGACAGGGUCGUCAUUAGGGUUCUGGUCAACGUGGGAAAAGUGAUUGCCAUCAAUCGUCAAUACCACCCAAAUCAGAAGAAUUGGCAUGACCACGGAUACGACACUGCCUGGGUGCCACCCAACUGUGGAAUGGUGAAGAGUGGUUUGGAGGAGAAUUGUGUCUGGGAUCCCAGACGAAUCCAGAUCCAGAGUAUCAUCAAACCAAUCCCAAACCAGCAGUCCUCUGGAUUUGUUGCACAAGGCUACACGUAA